AUGGGGACCUCAUUUUCUCCGGUUUCCACCGCCAGCAAAUGGCUGGGGUUGGUGGCCGCCGUUUGGAUUCAAUCUAUCUCCGGCAACAACUACACUUUCUCCAAUUACUCCGACGCUCUCAAAUCCCUCAUGCAUCUCACUCAGGUCGAGCUCAAUAGUCUCUCCGUCGCAAAAGAUGUCGGCAAGGCCUUUGGUCUUCUCGCCGGACUUGCCUCCGAUCGGUUCCCUACAUGGGCUAUUCUUCUCAUUGGCUCCGUCGAAGGCCUCAUCGGCUAUGGUGUUCAGUGGCUCGUCGUUAGCCAGAGAAUUCAACCCCUUCCAUACUGGCAGAUGUGCGUGUUUCUGUGCUUUGGAGGCAAUAGCACAACGUGGAUGAACACUGCGGUUUUGGUUACUUGCAUACGAAACUUUCGGAGUAACAGAGGUCCCGUUUCGGGCAUUCUCAAAGGGUUUGUAGGUUUAAGCACUGCUAUAUUCACCAAUCUUUGUUCUGCUCUCUUCGCCGAUGACCCUGCCUCUUUUCUUCUCAUGCUCUCUAUCAUCCCCUUCGUCGUUUGUCUCGCCGGUAUCUUUUUCCUCCGCGAGGUUCCUCUUUCUAAGUCUACCUCCGACGCCGAAGAGAAAGAAGAGUCGAAGUACUUCGGCGUCUUCAACGCCGUCGCCGUUGUCGUCGCCGUUUAUCUUUUGGCUUUCGGCUUCAUGCCAAACCCUAACAACUUGGUGUCUCAAGUGUUCGCUGUCGUUUUGCUCGUUCUAUUGGCCUUACCGUUGGGGAUUCCGGUCCACGCUUACUUUAAGGGUUUGAACUUGGACCGGUUCAAACCGGGCAGUGACAUUGAGGGUCAGCGCGUGAACGAACCGUUAAUUGAAAGCCAGGACAAGGAAAAUGAAGCGGCGUUGGUGGAGGCGGAAGCGGAAGCGGAAGGGGAAGCGGUGAUAGUAAAGAGGGCACCGGUGAUUGGGGAGGAGCAUACGAUACUGGAGGUGCUGAGGAGCGUGGAUUUUUGGAUCUUGUUUGUGUCGUUUCUUUGCGGCGUUGGAACGGGUUUGGCGGUCAUGAACAAUAUGGGUCAAAUCGGGUUGGCUCUCGGGUACACCGAUGUCUCACUAUUUGUCUCAUUAACCAGUAUUUGGGGCUUUUUUGGACGGAUCGUCUCGGGUUCGGUUUCGGAGCUCUUUAUCAAGAAAGCUGCAACGCCUAGACCUCUUUGGAAUGCAGCAUCUCAGAUUCUGAUGGCUGUGGGUUACAUACUCAUGGCCAUGGCUAUGCCCGGUUCCCUUUACAUUGGGUCUAUUGUAGUUGGCAUAUGUUAUGGAGUGCGGCUUGCCAUUACAGUCCCAACGGCCUCUGAAUUAUUUGGACUCAAAUAUUAUGGUCUCAUCUACAAUAUUCUCAUCCUCAACCUUCCCCUGGGCUCUUUCCUCUUUUCUGGGCUGCUCGCUGGCCUAUUAUAUGAUAUGGAGGCCACUGCAACAGAGGGAGGAGGCAACACCUGUGUUGGAGGUCACUGUUACAGGCUAGUCUUUAUAAUCAUGUCUGGAGCAUGUGUUGUUGGGUUCUUCUUAGACAUUCUAUUGUCAAUCAGAACCAAGAAUGUUUACAACAAGAUUUACAUGAGCAAGAAAUCCAAGAAAUCCUUAGGGACAUCAAGUAGCCAAUGAGCCGUAAUGGGGCAUAUAAAUGGUAUCACAAUCCUGGGAUUGAUGAGCUUUUUGUUCGGUGAUAUCCCAAUAUGCUAGGUAGACAUCCUAUUAGAUAAUUAAUUCAUUUUUAUUUAUUUUUUAAAUAAGGUUGAGUUAUUUGUUUUAAUGCCAUUCUGAAUCAUGAGCAUCCUACUGGCCUCUGUACUACUAGUUUUUAUGAUAUGUUAUCAAGGAUAGUGUUGGCAAGAAAAAGAUCUUCAUUGCCAAAAUACUGCAAAUCUGCAAUCAAGCAUAAUUUCAAGAAUGAAGAUUUGAAUGAGGGGGAUUGUAUCAAUUAAAAUUAGUAUUAAUUUCAUUGAUAUGAUACUCAAAUUGUUGUAAGAAUGCAAGGGUAAUAUUGUGUUUGUGU